AUGGGUCACGAGCAAGAGCGCGGCGGCCGCGGCGCCGGCCACCUCCUCCUCUUCCCGUUCCUGGCGCAAGGCCACCUCAUCCCGUUCCUCAACCUGGCCAAGCGCCUCGAGAGCCUCGGGCAGCGUGGCGGCAGCGGCCAGCGCCGUCUCGAGGUCACAAUCGUCAGCACGCCCCGCAACGUGGCCAACCUCCAGCGUGCGGUACCGGCCGGAUCGUCCAUCGGCUUCGCCGAGCUGCCGUUCUCGCCGUCGGACCAUGGCCUUCCUGCCGACGCCGAGAGCGCCGACGCCGUCCCACUGCGUGCCUUCCCCGCCUUCUACUGCGCCACGGAGCUGCUCCGGCCGUCGUUCGAGGAGCUCGUGGCGGAGGUCGCGGGGAGACAAGGGCGCGAGAACGUGUGCGUCCUCGCGGACAUCUUCCUGGGCUGGACGGCCGAGAGCGCCCGCGCGCUUGGCGUCCGGCACCGCGUGUUCCUCACCUCCGGCGCCUACGCCUCCGCCGUCACCUUCUCCAUCUGGCUCCGCCCGCCGACGUUCCCGCGCCCCGUCGGCCCCAGCGACGAGCAGGCGCUGCACGACUUCCCCGACGUGCGCGUCCGGUACACGGAGUUCCUGAACGUGAUCGUCACGGAGGACCACGCGACGAACCCCAUGUUGGCGUACCUGUGCCGGAUGAUCAGCCUCCACUUCCGCCACUCGGGCGGUCUCGUCAUCAACACCUCGGAAGAGAUCGAGCCGAAAGGUCUCCACCUCAUCCGGAAGCUCUCCGGGCUGCCGACGUUCGCCGUCGGUCCCCUCAUCGGCGGCCGAACACGAGCACCUUCGGAUGACGCACGGGACGAAGACGCCCGCAUCAUCAAGUUCCUGGACUCCAAGCCGCCGGCGUCCGUGCUGUACGUGUCGUUCGGGUCGCAGAACACGAUCCCGGCGUCGCAGAUGAUGGAGCUGGCGCGGGGGCUGGAGGCCAGCGGGCGGCCGUUCAUCUGGGCGGUGCGGCCGCCGGCGGAGUUCGACGGGGCGGAGGCGUUCCGCGCUGAGUGGCUCCCCGAUGGGUUCGAGGACCGCGCCGCGGCGGCGGGGCGGGGCGUGGUGGUGCGGCGGUGGGCGCCGCAGGUGGCGAUCCUGGCGCACGCGUCGACGGGCGCGUUCCUGAGCCACUGCGGGUGGAACUCGGUGCUGGAGAGCCUGUGGCACGGCGUGCCGGUGGUGGGGUGGCCGCUCAUCGCCGACCAGGUGUUCGACGCCCGCUUGCUGGAGGAGCUCGGCGUCGGCGUCGAGGUGGCGUCCGGGAGGGUGUUCGGCGGGCUGGGCAAGGGGUGGGAGCACGUGAGGGACGUCGUGGAGGCGGUGCUCGGGGACGGCGAGAAGGCCAGGGACAUGCGGCGGAAGGCCGCGGAGCUCAAGCAGUUGGCGCGCGCGGCGGUAGGUGUCGGCGGAGCGGACGACGAGGUGAAGGGCUCGUCCGUGCUCGCCAUGGAGCGCCUCCUCGAUAGCGCCUUCGGUUGA